AUACUUUCCUUUUGGGUGAGACUGUUUGCAGUCACAAGAGCUAAAUUCGACAGUAGACUGCUGUCCUUUUUUAGUUUUUUUGUCUGCUUAAAUUCUCAAUUUUAAUUUUUUUUUUUUUUUUUUACAAAUUACAUUCUCUAAAUUUGUCUAAUCUUUCCUGGUCCCUUUCUUUUUCUCUCUCUUCAUUUUCUCUUUCUCUCACUCACUCCAUCUAAAGUCCAGAUUUGUUUCAGUUUCCUGCAAAAAAAAAAAAAAAAAAAACGUUUAUUUUUGCUCUGAACACAUGAUUUAAUCGAGGUAUUAAUUCAUUUGUUUGAAAGCGUUUCUGGGUUUUUACUGAAUUUUGUUUUUCUGGGUGACGUUUUCAAGAUGAACUAAGGCACAUCAAGUGUUUGUGAAAAGGCUUAAAAGAGAGAAUUUUGAAUUUUGGGGUUUGGAGGGAGUUUUUUUCAUCAAAAUGAGGGAUUUCCCAUCUUGUUUUGGGGAAAAUGCUGUGCAAAUUUCGGAUUCUUCAUCAUCAUCUGGUAAUAAAACUGCUCAAAAUCUGGUAACUUGUGUAUACCAAUGUCGAUUUCGAGGGAGGUCAUGUGUAAUUACAGUUACAUGGAGUAAGAAUUUGAUGGGGCAAGGUCUAAGUGUUGGAAUUGAUGAUUCAAGCAAUCAAUGUUUGUGUAAGGUUGAUGUUAAGCCAUGGUUGUUUUCUAAGAGAAAAGGGUCUAAAAGUUUAGAUGUUGAGUCUAGUAAUAUUGAUAUAUAUUGGGACCUUUCAUCAGCAAAAUUUGGAUCUGGACCUGAGCCUUUGGAGGGUUUUUACUUGGCAAUUGUGUGUGAUAAGCAAAUGAUUCUUCUUCUUGGAGAUAUGAGGAAGGAAGCUUUUAAAAAGACUAAUGCUACACAAGUUCCUAGUACUGCUGUUUUCAUUGCUAAGAGGGAACAUGUUUAUGGGAAGAAGGUAUUCUAUGCAAAGGCUAAGUUUAGCGAAAACGGUCCUGUGCACGAUCUCAUGAUUGAGUGCGAUACCUUUAGCACUAACGACCCGUGCUUGAUUGUCCGUGUGGAUACCAAAAAUGUGAUGCAGGUCAAGCGGCUUCGUUGGAAGUUCAGGGGUAAUCACACUAUCCUGAUUGAUGGCCUCCCUGUUGAAGUUUUCUGGGAUGUGCAUAAUUGGCUUUUCAGUACAUCCCCUGGAAGUGCAGUUUUUAUGUUCAGAACUAGUCUUUCGGCUGAGAAGAUAUGGGCUAGCCAACCUCUUUGUGAUCCUAGUGUAUUGCAUUGGUCAGCUUCGCAAAGAAUUCGAGAUUCUCAAUCGCACCAACUUGGUUUCUCUUUGAUUUUGUAUGCCUGGAAGCAAGAAUAGUGAGAUUUAAGGAUUCUUUGUUGAGUGCUAAGUGCUAACAGAGAUACAUUAGGGAGUGUCCAUUUACCUUUCUCUGUGAUGGAACUACACCAUAAUUUUUAUAUAAUUGGUUUUCCUUUGUCUUCCCAUCCUUUUUGUGGAAAAGGAAGACAAACUAAAUAGAUCAAAGUGAUUUUUGUUGCCUUUGUAAAUUCCUCUGUCCAAUAUUCUCUUUAGUUUUUACGCAAUAUUCUGCUGCUUUAGCGGAUCAGAUGGAGAUGAUUUCAAUUGUAUCUCAGUUGCAUACGUUGUAUCUCUUGUUCUGUAUGCCUCACAUACAGAAAGCAUGACACUUGUUUGUGAUAUGUCUAGUUAGCUUCUUCUCUUUCAUGUUAGUUUAUCAAGUGAACAUUUGAUUUGUGUGUGAGAGAUAAACUCCUCCUUCUGCAGGUUCUUAGAUAAGCUUCAAGCGAGAAGAUUCCAAGGGAUGGGCACAUUGCAAUAUUGGUGUGUCAUAUUUUGGGCUGUCUGGUGAUGGUGGCAUCCUAUAGUUUGCAAUUUGCGUGACUUGUUGGUAGCUAUUCUACUUGUACAUGUACAAUGCAGCUGGGGUUAUGUUUUUCGUGACUGUGGAAGAUCAUAGCUUAUGGUGCAUCAGACAUUGAUCUGAGGGCAGUGGGCCACACAAUGAAGCGAUUUCCUUAAUUUAGGUGACCCUUCUGCCGCCGCUUUCCUAGUUCAACAAGUUUAAAGAGGAAACAGGUGGAGAUCAGCGCCAAGUCCCAGUCUGCUGCAUCAAAGCUGAAUGAAUACUUGCUGUCACCUGGAUUGUCUUCCAUUGAAAAGAAUCCGAUAUAUGUGUAGUUCUUCUGAUUCUUCAGCCAUCUUUAACUCUGCUGCUUCGGUGCUUUGUAGGACUAAAAGACUGCAUACAUCUUCAUUCUCCUCAAUAAAGUUAGAAGUUCAAAUUAAUGGAGAACCAUUAAAAUCAAUUGCAUCUAGUGUGCAGUACUCUGUCUGCUGUUAAGUAGAGAGGUGAAAUGAAGGUGAAGAUUUGAAGAACAAAAGUCAGAAGCCUUUGUAAAAUUGCUUACAUUAAAAUUUGCAUAUAAACUCCUCGGCUUGAUGAGUAAAUUGUUAGUUUUAUAUCCUCUUAAUUAGGUCUAUAUAUGAGAGCUUGGAUGGUUAUUUUAAUGUAAUCUUGUUAAUCUUGAAAUUUGGUACUAGAACCACUAUAUUUCCAGUUUUGAAAACUUGAUUUUUUUUACAGGGAAAGGUUCCUAUCUUAAUCACUGUAAUACACUAAGUAUUGAAAGUAAAGCUCUAAUAUAAUAUUGUUCUGAGUACUAGGAUUA